GCAAGGGAGAGAGGCAGCGUUUGCAGGCAAUGUAAUUGACAAGGCUCGCAGUGGUGAAAUAAACACGCUUCAGCCAAGGCUCAGUUUUUUAUUGCACAAUUUUGACUCUUGACGCAUCGCCCGCACAGCGCACAGACCUGAUUUCGAUUAUUUUCACCCGAUUAAUUCAUCCGUGUGAAAUUAUGUCCCGAUCGGCGCAGAUCCAGCCGGCAAGAUGAUGAUUUUACCAAGGAGAGGCUCAGAUCGUGUGCCCGACUCGGUGGUCUUGGUGAUCUUGGUGGUCGCCGCUUCUCUUGGUACCGUCUUCGCCAAGGAUACAGCCUUUGUGGAAGUGGUUCUGUUCGAGUCCAGUCCCAAUGGAGAUUAUACUACUUACACGACUGGCUUGCAAGGACGGUUCUCCAAAGCAGGAGCCACUAUCAGCGCGGAGGGGGAGAUCGUUCAAAUGCAUCCUUUGGGACUAUGUAAUAAUAAUGAUGAAGAGGACCUAUACGAGUAUGGCUGGGUUGGUGUGGUGAAGCUGGAGCAGCCGGAGUUGGACCCCAGUUGUCUCACGGUGCUUGGAAAGGCAAAGAGAGCGGUGCAGCGGGGAGCCACAGCCGUCAUCUUUGAUGUAUCUGAGAAUCCGGAUGCCAUCGACCAGCUCAACCAGGUUGCUGAGGAUCCCUUGAAGAGGCCGGUGGUUUACGUGAAGGGCAACGACGCCGUCAAACUGAUGAACAUCGUCAACAAGCAGAAAGUGGCCCGUGCUCGGAUACAACACAGACCACCGAGGCAGCCCACAGAGUAUUUUGACAUGGGCAUCUUUCUGGCCUUCUUCGUGGUGGUGUCGUUGGUUUGCCUCAUUUUGCUCAUCAAGAUCAAACUGAAGCAGAGAAGAAGCCAGAGCUCGAUGAACAGAAUGGCCAUCCAGGCUCUGGAAAAGAUGGAGACAAGAAAGUUCAAGGCCAAAGGCAAGGGACAGCGCGAGAGCAGCUGCGGAGCCUCUGAUUCGCUGAGCAGCAGCUCCACCUCUGACUGUGCCAUUUGUCUGGAGAAGUACAUCGAUGGUGAGGAGCUGCGGGUUAUCCCUUGUGCCCACAGAUUUCAUAAGAAAUGUGUCGACCCCUGGCUGCUCCAACAUCACACCUGUCCCCACUGCAGACACAACAUCAUUGAGCAAAAGAAGGGAAAUCCAGGACCAGCAUGCAUGGACCCCGGCAAUCCAGUUCAUGGCAGGCAACGAGUGGUCCUGCCAGUUCAUUACCCGGGAAGGGUGCACCGUGCUGGUCAGGUGACAGCUUACCCAACUAGAACCAGCAUGGACCCGCAUGGCAACCCAAUCACGGUGCUCACUGUGGACCAGCACCCAGAUCCCCAAGGUCUGUACCCACCCCAAUCGACGUCGGCUUUUCUCCGGAGCUACCACCCCACUCUCCUGGAGCAUUCAAUCAACCCUCAUCACUGUGGAUUAGAGCACCGUGGACCCCCUGCUUACCCUUCACAGCCUCAUCAUGUUACGUUUAAAAGACCCAAAAUCCAUAAUCGCAACUUCUCCCGGGCAGCCUGUUUUUCGCAGUAUGAAACCAUGUACCAGCACUACUACUUUCAGGGGCUGACUUUCCCUCAACCUCCUGAUGGUGGCCAAGGAUCUGCUGUGCCAGGGCAGCUUGGUGGAGGAGGGGUCCACAAGAGCCACCACAGCAGGGCUUUUCAGCAAGGGCUGUUGUACCCCACGGUGGUACACAUGGCACCUGCGUCUUCUUCAAGGAUAGCUGAUAAUGGCAGCACUUCUGGCCUUAGCUGCUAUCACGGGCACCGCUCAGUGUGCAGCGGCUACCUCGCUGACUGUCCUGGCAGUGAUAGCAGCAGCAGCAGCUCUGGCCAGUGCCAUUGUUCCUCCAGUGACUCCAUGUUGGACUGUACUGAAGUCAGCAACCAGGGGGUCUACGGUAGCUGCUCUACUUUCCGCAGCUCACUGAGCAGCGACUACGAUCCUUACGUUUACCGGAGCAAGAGUCCGUGUCGGGGCUCCGGGGGGGAAGCGGGAGCUACGGCUUGCAACACAGUUUCAGCUGAGGACUCAUCUUCCCCUGCACCCUUGGGACAUGACUGCCUCCAGCUCCCAGCUGGAGCUUCAGGAUAUAACACGGGGGACCAUCUCUCCAACUGCAGUUUGGAGCCCAACUAUAGCAGUCGCUCAUCACUGGAACCCAGGGAGAACAGCAACAAUAGUACUACCUCAGCCGGGGCUUCAGAGGCUGCCGGAGGUGACAGGGGACAGGGGGCACAAGAGGAGUCGGGGGAGCUCGGGGCCGCAGCCUGUAGCUGCUGUUUUGAGGUGCUUCCGCCCAAUGUUGAGUGCAAAGGGCAGGACUUGGACCAAGCAGGGCGUCUUGCCUCCGAACGCUGUCACAGGGAAAUGGACUUCCAGGGGUCAACCUCCAAGAACUACUUUGCCUCUGAGCAAUUGUGCCCUUCCUCUGAGCAGGUGAGCUAUGAAGGGCUGCCUUGCUGCUUCUACAAAGAGAUGAAGGUCCACAGGGCCACAGCAGGGCGUUAUACUGAGGACUACGCUGUUAAUGUGCAGUAUGCACACGCAGACUCAGAGGCCUGCUCAGGACAGGGCUGCUACGAACUCAACCAGAGAAUACCCAUUAUUCCUGAGGACACAGAUUGUGAAUCGGGUACAGGGGCAGAGACCCAGAGCAGUUUAUUACCAGUCAGUGUCACAGUGGAGACGGAGUUGCGGACAGGGGAGCAGCGUGAGCCCACGGACAGGUACUUCACCUCAGGACAGUUUAGAGGUCACCCAUACCUUCAAGAGGAGGAGACCAGGGCUUUGUUUCACCCUCAGCUCUCUGCAAGCCCCACUGUACUGGGAAGCAGUACUUCAACAUAUGAGGGAGGUUUGGGCAUAUGAACCUGAGUCCUGAAAGAAUGGGACAAUGUAUGUGGUACCGUGUCAGUCAAUCAUUGAAACCCUCAGUUGCCUUGUUCUAGCCUUGCUCUCUGAGCACUGAAUGUUAUCAUCUUAGAUUGUGUGGAUUUCUACUGAAAU